AUCUCAGGUCUGAGACUGGUUGGGGGAUCUGGAAGCUGGGAAGGAAGAGUUGAAGUGCUUUAUAAUAACAUCUGGGGGACAGUUUGUGAUGACUCCUGGGAUUUACAUGACGCGCACGUUGUUUGUCGCCAGCUUGGAUUUACUCGUGCGUUAAGUGCUCCAGGGUCUUCCCGAUUCGGCGCCGGAAGCGGUCAAAUUUGGCUGGACAAUGUCGCAUGCUCGGGAAAUGAAAGUUCUCUAGUCUAUUGUCAGCACAACGGAUGGGGUAACCAUGACUGCAGUCACAGUGAAGAUGCAUCGGUGACAUGCUCUAGAGGUGCGUUGUACGUGACAAUAAUGAAGAGUCAUAUUAUGUGCAUUUCGCUUAGUAAGGAACCGACAAGGUUUCAGAGUAUUCUAAGGUAAAUGCUUUAGAAAACUGAUAAGGUAAUCAAUAUGUUGGAAGAUACAAAAGUCAUAGAGUUAAAUAAAAAGAUCUAGUGCGUUCUUAUCAUUGUGUGUGUCUGUAUUUUUGUUUGCGUAUAGUAUAUAGCCAGCUACCGCAUGAACCUCGAAGUCGUGAUUAAUUAACAAAACAAGUAACUUCUCUAUACCAACAGCACGAUCAACGUCCCUGCCAUGGAAAACAUGCAACUUUGACUAUGGCUUGUGUAAUGGAUGGAGUCAGUCCCGCUCAGACAAAUUUGACUGGAUACGCCAAAGAGGAAGCACCUCAUCUUCAAAUACGGGGCCUUCAUCAGAUCACACUACUGGAAAUGGUACGUGUAAUUACAAUGGAAAUAAUUUCACAAGGGGGCACUGUCUUCUGAUGUAACAUAUCAUGGAGAUGUAAAACAAAAUGUUAUUAUGAAUUAGACAAUACCGUAACUUUCCGCAUAUAAGUACCCCCAACUAUAAGCCCCACCUACCCCCAGUUAUAGUCCAAUCUACCUGUAAUCAAAAAAUACAUUUCCUAUCAUAUACUCCGUCCCUUCCCUCCCUCCAACCCGGAUACAAUCCUACCUUUUAAUGCAUUUAAAUGACUUCGAUUUGAUUGAAGCUUAAAUAAAAAAUAGAUUUUGAUCAGCACUGUUAUAGCUUGUCCCGAAGCAUUUGUUUUCUAUUCUGGUUAGAGGCCCCUUCCGUUCACAAGCCUUCCUAAUGACAAAGAUGGAUUAGUCCAGGGCUUAUAAGCGUCAGUUUAAGGUGUUUGUCAAUCGUCAUUUUUGUUUGUUUCUUCCUCUUGUUUUUCUUCUUUUUUUUUUUCAUGGUUUUUAAUUCAAGUUGAUUUUGCUCUUUUAUACAGAAUAUUCCAGGUAUUAGAAACAAAUGUCAACUGAUUACCUUGAAAGUAUCACUGGCAGUAUUUUCAUGCCUAGUUUGCUUAUUUAUGUAUGCAGCAAUAACACUGAAAAUUACAGUAUUUACAUUAUAUUUAUGUGCCGAGUCCUUGAAAAACCCCACACUCAUUUCCUCAGAAGGUUUUUCUUUUUAAAUACCGAUAACCAAUCCUCGCCCAUUUUGGAAAAGGUGGAGGGGGAGGGGGAGCGUGCUUUUUUUUACUGUAAACGCAGUGUUGGUAGCAAGGAAACUAGAAGGUGAUCAAGUGCUUAUUAAUAACGUCUUUUUUUCCCUACAAAAGGAUCUCUUGUGUUUAGAGAGGGAAUUACUUAAUAACGGUUUUACAUUAUCAUAUUUUCACAGGAGCCCAUCAAAUGGAGCCUCCAUCUCCAUUAAAUUCCUGAGUCAACCCUUUCCCGAGUAGAUUUAUAAAUAGAACGGCUUGUUUCCCGCGAUAAGUGUAAUAUUUCCGUGAGUCUCGUAUGUCACCGUGAAAAAAAUAAAGUUGGAUGAAGUGGAACGCAGAAGCCCGUUAGGCCCGCCAGUUAAGCACCGCGUCCAAAAGCGAUGACCUAAAUAGCACCUAAAGAGGAAUGCUUUAGCUCCGAAAUUUGAGAAAUUGCAGUCUUCCUUUACAACUGACUUGUAUUACCAUGAGCGUUGCCUGAGGAUAAAACUGGUACUUGAAAAGUUGAGUAGAAGAGAACUACAAUCUUGGACAAAACUGUUGAGAAAAUUGCCUUCUUGGGGGUCAUUUUUUCUAAACUUCGUAGCCGACCGAUUCUUCCUUCCCCCUCUCCCCCUGGAAGCAAUGUUGUUGUGUCUUCAAAAGAAAGCCGGAUCCCUAUGCAAUUUGUAGGAAGCAACUUUGAACUGAGGGAGGGGGGUUUCUUUACGCAAAGCCGUUGAGUUGGGAAUAGUUUUGUUGUGUUAGGUAGUGCGCAUUAAUGAAAACAUUUUCUCAAGUAGUUUUGUCCAGGAUUGUAUCUGUUGCUCGACUGUGAGCUAACUCAAAAGUAAACUGCUAACGAAGGAAUUUGUAACAUCGCGCUCCAGUCCAAAGACCCACUUAUCUCAAGAAAAACAAAAUGGAUUGUAUCUGCGCCAAAAGAAUUAUGACUGACUAACAGGACAAUUCUCAGCAGUUAAUGUAGAAGUUUAAACUCAAUCCUUUCCUUCGAAUUCGCAUCUGUAGAUCACUUUUCUCGAGAAAACAAUGUUAAGUAUCUGGGCCCAGCGUUACAAAACAUAGCAGGGGAUCAUCACACUAGAGGGACGAAACAUCCUCAAGGACUACAAGUAUUCAUUCAGAUAAACGCAUUUCGGAAAAAAAAAAACUUGAAAAACUAGAAAUUUGAUUAAUAUUGAGUCAUUUAACCGAAAAAAGGACGUUAACGCUUAAAAAAAAAUGGCUAAAGAUAACGAAUCCUGUUAGAACUACAAACUUCAAGAAGUACUUCAUCAUCAUGCAUGAAACAGACUAGCGUCAUGGACUCUUAAUGUGAGACAAGCAGCCAAAAUUAAGAUUAACAUAGUCAGAAUUUAAAACUCUCCACAGUAAAAUCUACCCGCUAGAAAGAAAAGGGAGAACAUUUCUGAGGGAUGAAAACGCUAAAGUCAUGUUUCACUAGCUUAUGAUUGUGUUUGGCCUGUCAACACCGAAUUUCCGGCUGUUUGAUGAAGUACAAAAAAUUAUUAUAGCAUUGUCGGUCAUUUCGUCGUUGUGAUUGGCUCUUCCCACUGUGGGCGCGCGAAGUCUCCUCUGGGAACCGUUCUAAUUAUAAAUCUACUCGGGAAAGGGUUGACUCCGAGGGCUUGUAUGGGAGAUGGACGCUCCAUUUGAUGGGUAUUCAUUAUUAUUAUUAUGCUCUUGCAGGAUACUACAUGUAUAUAGAGGCGUCACCUCUGCGACAAGGUGAAAACGCAAAACUUCAAGUUUCAGUUUCUGGAAAUGGCGCAGCAGCUUGUCUGGUUUUCUUUUAUCACAUGUAUGGUGAUGCCAUAGGGACUCUUAAUGUUUAUAGAGGAAAUGAGUUGGUUUUCAUUGUAUCUGGGAACCAGGGAAACUAUUGGAUACGAGCAAGGAAAACAAUUCAUUUGCGACACAAUGUAAGUUUCUGAAGUUUAAUAAACUUCAUUUCUCAAGGAAACGCGACUGUUGGAUAAGUCUUGGUUAAAUAUCAGACGACUAAAAUCUGUACAUAUGCAUAUAUCUUCAGAGAUCGGAUGAAAAGUCUAAGUGCAUAAAAGGAUCUAUCAUAAGUGGACUUGCCAAUCCCUCUUCCGUUUAUUUAUUUAUUUAUUUUUUUGAAAGAUCCUCUUCGGUUUUUUCGCACAAAAAUUGAAAUUAUAUGAGAAAGAUGAUUUUUCAGUCGGUGACACAGGCGGCUUGGAGAAAAAAUAUUCGAGUUCUCCUAAUAGGAGUCGAACCAUGUAAUGACCUUGUGGUAACCAGUCCAGAUACUUUACAAGUUAUCUACAAGAGAGUCGUGGGAGCUACCCUGCAUAAUGCUGGGACUAAAAGCCGAUAUGUGCUUAUGCACCAUGACAGAGACUGAUCUAAAUUCACCAUUCGCCAUGUGAAUGUUACCUUUUCCCUCUCUAUUACCUCUCUUUCAUAAUCACGGCUUUCUUUUCUUUUCUUUUUUUCACUUUGAAUUCAGUUUCCACUUGCAGCAAACCAAUUUAAUUUCCUUUUUGAGUGCUUGAAUAAUUCCCAAUGCCUUUUACUCUAUUUAUAGGUAUCCUUUGAAGGCAUUGUGGGGUCGUCUUAUACGGGAGAUAUCGCUAUCGAUGAUGUGACAAUUUUCAGUGGAAGCUGUUAUAGUCCUACUGUGUUGCUGACGAAUCAAAGCAUUGGAGGUACUUUAAUGCCCUUGUUUAUUAGACUUAUAUAAAUAUUGAGGGUCGGUUAUUUAAACCAGGUCUAACUAAGACCGUUGUUUAGGAAAUCUUUGGACCUUCAGAUCUCUUCCUUUGUGGCGUAUUUUGAGACAUUCAUAUCUUUUCUACGCCAUAUGCUUUCAGGAAACUGUUCACCAUAAAAGAUGUAUACAUAAAAACGUUUGCCAAACUGAAAAUGGCUUAGAACUGGGUUUCAUUAAACACUGGCUAAACUCCGUUUAAAUAAUUAGCCCUAAGUACUUUAAAGUACCAAGUCUUGGUACUUAUUUCGUUUAACGGGGUCAUGUCACAAAGAGAGCAUGCGUGCUAAGAUUAUGUAAAUUACUUACAUCUGUCAAAAUUCUAUUGUUUUCAACGCGUGAAUUUCUGUGUCACGUACAGAGCACCGAAACUUAUGCAUCAGUCAAUUCCAGCUGCGCCCAGCUCCCCUCCCCACCCCCCUCCAACCCCCGGGCUACUGCGGGGCAUUUGCCCGCCUUUUUAGUCUGGGGGGAGGUGGGCAUUUGCAAAUUUUGCGCUGCCCGGGGGCCGGGCAUUUGCCAACCCCGGGGCUAUUUGCGAGCUUUUGACACGCACGCAGUUUCCUAUCAGAAUAUAACUACACAGAGGAUAUUACUGGAAAAAUAGCAGAUCAUGUAGCUCAUCUGUCAAGGACAGGGGGUUGCAAAGGCAUGUUCUCGAUUUUAUGCAUGCAAUUCCUCAUGGCUUAUCAAGCCAGAAUUACAUAGCGAAACUCAGGAGCUAUCGACGUGAAUCAACGUUUUUUGGUAAGUGAAUCAAAUUUCUGUUGAUAUUAUUUGAAGAAAAUCCUUUGAUAUUUAUCAGGGUCCUGGAAGGGGGGGUCCUGAUCCCGCAUUCCCGCCCCUUUUUCGCGAGAAUCCCGCAUUCCGCACGUUUUUCAUCAGUUUCCCGAAAUCCGCUUUUCUUUCCCAGAAAAAUACAUUAAAAAGUCUAAUUUCUACAAAAGCUAAGAAAUGUAACAUGUAGGUUGAUCCUUUCGAUUGAUGUUUUGAAUUCACGUGUGUUUUUAAAGGCUUCUGCAAAAAGAAAUAGCUUUUUGUACCUCAGUAUGAAGAAAGAGCACGAUAUGAAAGCGUGAUCUGUCGUCCUGUACGCGUGCGCACUGUCUGGUUGAUUCGCUUUGAUCGCUAGAACCGGUGGGUCGUGACGGUUUCCGGCAUUCCCGACAGACACACAAACAUAAAUCCCGCAUCCCGUGCCCAAUUUUGGCGAGUCCCGCUUCCCGGGCAACAGUCAAAUCCCGGAUCCCGUCAAUAUAUUUAUCGUUUUCCCGAUUCCUGCACCGUAGUUUGGCCCGAAAAUACCCUUCCAGACCCUGAUUUAUAACCUAUUCAUAACAUAUAACUUUACAGCGCCCUCGUGAUUUUAAUGUCAAUAAUUUUAUAUCAAUACUAAAACCAUAAACUGGUGCAUGUCGUGGCGGCGUGAAGUCUUAAUUAGGAUAUCCUAGCGCUAUUACAAAGGAACUGGAAGACGUUACAUGAAACAAAAAAUCGCACAUUAAAAUGUUUAAAACGGCAUUAUUGUUGGUUUUCACGUGACCUCACUAAAAUUCAAACUACAAAGCUAUCGAUCCUACUGAGAUUUUACUUUCAUGAUGUUUUAGAGCAGCUGAAAACUAAUUUUCGUACAAAUUUUCGCUUCAAAAGGGUUCUUGGGUCUUGGUUUGUUGGUGAUAGAGUACGUCUGAGUUUUUAAGCUUUUGCGUGACGUGGCAUUUACAUGACGGCCUAGAGAGUAUCAUGUAGGUUAAAAAAGUAACGUAUUUGGGGGAAUUUUGCUAUCUUAACAGUUCAUGUAUUAGAAAAAGUAUUACUUUAAUGUUUAUGAGUUCCUCGAGGAAUAAAUUCACGCUUUUCUACCAAAACUCGGUAACAGAUGUUUUUGUUGGUUUCUGUCCGCCAUGAUUAGUGGUCAUCCAGAUGGGCACCGGCAUGGUGUCUCCAUAAAGAUCUCUAUAAAUUUGGAUAAAACAUUUCUUCGGAUACCUCGUAUACGGAAUAUUCUUCUGACCUGAAUCAUGGCGAGGGUCUUUGUAUAUUUAUCUCCUUGUAUUUCUCAGAUUCUGGACUUUAUCUAUUGAACGGUCUUGAUUUUUUUUUUUUUUGAUCAAUUUUGAAAGGCGUGACACUGGAAAAACCAACAAUUCGACUGUGCAGUCAAUGAAAAAUAAGGAACUUGAGAUGGAGACGUUUUCCGCGCGACGGCAACUUCAACCGGACGUGACGUCAUGAUUUGUGCAAUAUUGCGCAUGCUCUUGCUCACCACAUUACCGUCGUGCUCCCGUCGGCGACGUGAAACUGGUCUGUUUGGCGUUGUGGCGAGAACGUGAGUAUUUAACUUUCAUUUCAAUCAGGUUUGUUGCGUUUAGUAACCAGAAUUUUGCAGAUUAUCGUUCUUAAGUUGUCCUUGUUUUCUUUGAGUCACAUUAAUUUCAAGCUCGAUUUCCAAGCUCUGUUAUCUAAACUUACAUCUUUAAAAUGUUUCUAAGUUUCAUGUCACAGGGUCAAGAUCCAAUCUGAUCCAAUAUGGCAAACAGCAAACCGUAAGUGAGCGUAAUUUACAUAGACAAAAUUGUCCUACGAGCCAAAUGAAAGUAUCCAGACAAAACGUAUGUACUCCGAUAUUUUAAUCGUGUGUUUUUAUUUCACUUCUUUCGUUAGAGUAUCGUAUAAAUAAAACGUAUUGAAAAUUGUUUAGAAUACUGAAAUAAAGUUGUUGUUGCUGUUAUUGUUGUUGCAUGCAAGCAAAUAACGAUUAAUUUUUUUUAAUUCUUUAUGUGAAGCCAUAUUUUCCUCUUCGGGAGUCUUCCAAGGCGCCGUCCUCCUGAAUUCACCGUGAUCUUAAUGUUCGAAUUUUGGAGGGAAGCGACGGCUGUCUCUGUUCCAGGCUUGCUCCGCCAGUCCGGUCGCCGUCGCUCGGAAGUUCCCUAAUGUUGCAGUGUUGACGGAGGACCGGGCAUUUGCCCUCUUUUUUCGUCCCACCCCGGGGCAUUUGACAGUUCAACAGUCCCCACCCCCGGGAAUUUGCCAUCCAAGGCAAAAAAAAAAACAUGCUAAUGCCCGGGGGUCAGCCCGGGGGAUGGGGAUUCUGGGCGCAGAUGGAAUUGACUGAUGCAUCACAGCGACGUCAACAAGUGAAUUGGGUUUGGAUAAGGCCUAUUUUGAUCGAAUUUAUGGAGCGUUUCUUAUCUCGUUAUUCUAGAUCAGGUUUCCCUUUUCGUCGUCAAGAGUAAAAGUGUUGAGAUAAUUCUACUUGCAGUUUUGAAUAAAAAGUCCCAUGCUAUUCACAAAAAAACGCGAGCAGCGAACUGCGAGCAAACAAAAAUUCAAGAACAACAUAUUUUCGUAGUCAACAUAAUAAAUCAAAGUUUUAUUGUAUAAAAGAUCUACAAGACUCAAGAACGUACAAGAUAAAGACCAAGACUGUUUCAAAUCAUUACAAUUAGACUUUUCGUUUAAUUCAACAUAACCAGUUACUAAUGACCAAAUUUGGAAGAAUUUUGUGUUUAGCGAGGAAAUGACGUCAAAAAGGCAGCGUUUUUGCAGGUUAAUGCACCGUUAACCGAGAAGACCUGGGGACCAGGUUGAGUUGUUUUGGUUGUGGAAACAAAAAUGGCGGACAUUUCACUCGUUUCAAGAGUAAGAACUAGGCGAAAUAAUAGCUAAAAACGUGGCAAGAACAGCAAGAAGACAACUCGAAGGGCGACAUCUGCUAUCUGGAGAAUAUUUGCGGAGCUGAACAACCCUAAACGUGUACUAUCGAAGAUGAACUUAACAUCGGUGGUUCGAUGGAGGUAAGCAUGUUUUAGCUAUGUUUUUAAGCUAGGAAUUAUUUUGAAUGAAUAAUAAAACCAUUAUUGAAUUCGGCUUUCGUAUCAUAUGAAGAAUUAUGGAGAUCUCGGAGGGUGUUAUCCUCCAUUCGUGUGAGACGGGUUAUCCGUUUGAUAAUUCGCGUCAGAUAGGUAAUACGUCUUAAUUUGAAAAUGGAGUAGUUUUAAUUUUGAAUGAACAAUCCGUCUGACUUUAUCCGCCAAUUUUGACGGACAGUUUGAAGAUAGAUUAUCCGUUACAGAUAGCCUGUGUACAGCCGCCCCCUCCCCUCAGAAAAGAAAAACAAAAAACGGAAAAGGGGUGUCUGUGGCUGAGCGGGUGACUGUACACAGGCUAGUCUCAGACGAAUGAUCCAUUUUCUUGCUUUAGUGUGAAAACGGCCAACAACAAAAUUCCCGUGUCCAGUGUUUUUAAUGAUACAGAAAGGACUGUACAGAACGACUGUCUGCCGUGGCUAGUCCUUAGGCCUCAUUAUUCCGCGCGGCUAAUAUAAUGCAUUCCUGGUCACGUGGUCCGAGCGAGGUUUUUUUUCCUCAGGUAUGCCACCGAAAUGCCUAGACCGAGAUUGUGUGGGAAGACGCCGUACAGGGACUAGGCAUGGCAAUCUCUACCGUAGCGUCAGAGAAAAACAGGGAAUUGUUGUUUAUCAGCAACGUGUUGUACAAACAGUGGCAUCUCUGCGUGUUGUUUCACUAGUAUUUCGAGGGCACGACCUCCUUAAAAUCACAAAAAUUAAUCCCCAGCAAGAAGCCAGAUUUUCCCUAUGGAAAAGCUUGGUUCUUCGAGUGGGCGGCGGAAAUGGAGCCUAGGUCUAGGUCAACACCUAAAAGAAGCUUGGCCUAACGUUCGUACGGAGUCAAAAUAGCCGGGAAAUAAAAAAAAACGCAACCAUAAGUGAAUUUUAUCACCUUCCUGAAAAUUAACAAGUCAAGGGAACAAUUUCUUUUGAGGUUAACUCUCUUUUAUGCUAUUUACGGCUAAAGGUUAUUUUUUUUCAAUUUUUACGCCUAUCGGUUCACCCCAUUGAGACCCUCAACCAAGUACCAUAGGUUUACUAUACUCCAUUCUAAACAGUCCGUGAAUAACGAGGGAAAGUAAACUCUGUUAUUUUCAAAAAAUCCGAGAAAAUAUGCUCGAACACAGACAGUUCAGAGACGCGGCAUUCAGAGGAUCUAACUGAUGCCUCUUCUACGUCCGUUUAGAACAAGUUGGACGAGCAAACGGUCGUGUUUAUCCUUGCAGUGAAUCAAGACAAAUACAAGAAGGAAUCUAGCCAAAUUUUAUAACUUUUGCUUCGCCAAAAGUUGAGUUUAGUCACGAAACUCAUGGCCAUGCUGUUGUAAUAGUUUAUAAAGAACAGUCGCCGCCAAAUCGAUAGCCGCUUCAAUUACAUGUCCACAUACUUUGAGCACAAAAUAAUAUCCUAGAGCCAGCAGCCUCUGAAAUAACUCAAAAGAAAGGUUCUGUGAACUAUGAGGAAAGAUUCCCUCUAAGAUUUUAUCGCUCAUUGUGGAGUAGUAGUCGUUAAUUCUCUUUCGGCUGCUUCCAGUACAACGGCCUCUGAUAAGAGGACAAUGUAAAUCCACGAAAAAAAAAUCCAAGAGCAAACAAUUUCAAGAAUAACGUUAAAAUGACUUCUGUAAUCGCCAUAGAACGAUAUACUUAAGACAAACUGCGCUAACUAUCAAAAACGAUGGCUAAGAUUUAAACAGAUAAAAACUCCGACAGAACUCGAAAACGUCCGCUUGAAUUUUUUAAGUUUGUUUUUACCAGCUCGCGCAUGCGCCUGGGUUGACAUAGUCCCUUUAAAGCUAAGAACAAAAGUAUAUUCAAUAUGAGAGGCAACGUUUUGGCUAAGUAAUCAGAAUCUUUAUUUCCUUUUUUACAGCUUUUAACGAAUGAUUACUUUAGGUAUAUUUACCUUUGCUUUUGUUUCACGCAGGUUGUUCUGAUCUCUCCCCGAACUUUUGUUCAUUAUUUGCUCAUGGAAAUUUCUGUGUGAACAGUUUUAACCUCUCUAGAAAAUAUUGCGAAAAAACAUGUGGUUUUUGUGGAGGUAUGUAUUAGGGACUAACUUACCUUAAGCUGUCCUUUUUUUUUCCUUUUUUUUAAUUACCCGAUUUUUCUGUUCAGUUUAAGAUCGUAAUACUUUUACUAUUUUUUAUCAAUCAAUUAAUUAAUUUAUUUAUUUAUUUAUUCAUUUUCUCUCCCUAUUUUACUGCAGGUUGCUCUGAUAGACACGUUGUGUGCCCAGAUCUUCCAAACAGUUUUUGUUCUACUCAUUUCCACUGGUCCGGGCAAAAUUGUCGACGGUCUUGUGGUUUCUGCUCAGGUAAACUGAUAACAUUCUAGAAGUCUUUAUCAUGGGCGUCGGCGACACGUUGUCAUUUUUUGUUUGUCUGUUUGUUUGUUUGUUUAUUCCACUGCACUGUAUACUGAACUCUGAUAUAUUUAAGAAAAAGGAAGACUCAACGAAUUCCGGAAAUGCGUUUCAAAAUUCCUUUCAACCUGAUUGGCAAAUCGACGUUGUGUUUGGUUUUUUGUUUUGUUUUGUUUUGUUUUUGUUUUUUUUUAACAGGGCAAUCAUGGCGCGUACUCAAAUCUGGGUACACAGGUGGAGGGCCCAGGACAAGGAUUUCGGCGCUGUUUCGUAGACAGGCUUAACAAGAGUUUAGUUUCGUCUGCCAAGCAGGCUAUAUAGCGAACUGCUCGAUAUAAUUUUUUAAAAACGUUUAAGCAUGACUUAAAAGCGGCUGUAUUGGUGAGCGAAAACAAUAACACGGCGGCCAUGUUGAUGUACCAAAAAAGUCUUUUGGGGUUAAACCUUUCUCAUUUUAAGAUAAGCUUUUUCUAGCUUUAACCUUUUUAUACUUUACAUCUUUUAGCUAAGGCUUAUUCGACGCCUUCUGCAGCUGGUUCAACGUUACCCUCAAGCACUUACCAAAAUGCCUCUACGACGCCAACCGCAGAUGGUUCAGCGCUACAACCAAGUACGUUUUCACCCGAAAAUCAAGAUGAUUCUACAACGCCAACAACAGAUGGUUCAACGAUACAACUAAGUACUAAUACACUCCAAAAACAAACGCCGUCAGAACAAGUGAUGAGAGAAUCAGUUAUGUUGAAGGUCAAAAAUAUGGAUCUAAAAAAGGUUGUUUUUUUACUUCAGUGAACUUUAGUAGUACCUAAGAUGGAUUGUCCAUAAACCGCAGCCUAUUUUUUGUUACUUUUAUUUAUGUAUUACUUUAGUUAUCAUUGUUUUUGUUCUUGUUCUUGUUGUUGUUGCUGUUUUAAAUAUUUUCUUAAUUAGUAUUAGGAGAAUAACACCACUAAAAGUUGUAGUCUUAAGAGAAAUGGCGAGGAAUAAUGGAUCAAAUUGCUAGUUCGUAAAUAUGUCUCCAGCUGUAAAAGGAACUGUGGGUACAGUCGACUCCCGAUAACUCAGACCUUCAAGGGAAAUCGAAAAAAGUUCGUGUCUUCGGGAGUUCGAGUCACCGGGAGCUCGAAGAAAAUAGGCGGGAGUAACGGUAAAAAAAAAAAAAAAAAACGUUUUUACUGCCUAGUGAACAUUUUAAUCACGGUUAAUUGUGGAAAUGUUAAAGGGACAGUGUCCCGAUUAUGCGCACGCGCGAGCGUCGUCUGUUUUUUCUUCAAAAGACAAUAGAACUGUCAUAUUGGCUCGACAAGAUUUCCUUCCGGACCGUACCGCCGACGGUUAUUUGUUGUUUACAUUCUCAAGUAUUCGUCUUAUUUAAAAUUUGGCUGGCGGCACUAAGACGCAUCACGAUUUUAUCGCUAGCAGGGCCACCUCGCAACCCGAAAAUCUCGUUCCGCUCGCUUUAAGAACAGCUUUUCUAAUGGUAAACUCGUGUCAGAGGUCAAUUGUUCCAAGUCCAGCAAUAUUUGCCUGAUUUGCUCGCGUUCUAGCCUCAAACGUUUGAAAGACAUAAAUAAAAAUGCAAUUAUCACGCUAUGAAUCAUCGCAGAGGUUAGUCAAAAAUUAUAUUAUGAUUUCAUGGCACCAGUAAUUCUAAACAUGUAGCGCCUCUUCGUUUGAUUUUGUCGCCCUUAGGGAGGUUUAUUUAAAAGUCUCCUAACGCGUCGUUGCAAAACAUUCUGCUUCACGAAGCUUAAUUCCACAAGAUCUCCUCAGCCACAUCAAUGUCUCGAUGGUUUCUUUCUUACAGUCUUUAUUGUUGCUGUUUCAUUUCUGCGUAUUCCUUUCACAAUUAUCUGAGCUUGUAUGGAGGCUAGCAGAAGAAAUAAGUCUUCAAUCGGCAUCAAAGCGCUUCCCAUCUUUUGGUCCUCGGGCCAACGGCAAUAAGAGUAACGCCAAAAAAUCCCGAUUUCGCCCAAAUCGAAACUUAACGGGAAAAAUAUAUCAUUGAUCUGUAAUCCUGAGAAGUUUUAGUGUAGUAUUAAACUCGGCCAAGCGCGAUGCAAACGGAUUUUUCAAGGUUCUCCUACACUCCUCGCAUCUUUUGAUUUAGCUACAUCCUGUCCAAAAAUCAAAGUUUGGUAUAUGUGCAGUAACGGGAUACUGUUCCUUUAAGUGAAAUUUGAAAGAUACUUAAUAAAUCAGAACGUAACGUAACAAAAUGUUGCCAAAAUAGAGUAUGCGUUUUACCGUUUUGAGAAGAAACGCUGUUUCAAGUUAGAUUUGUGACAAACCACAUCAGCUUCCCCUAGUUAACCAUAUGUCUUCAACACGUCAAUGGAAAAUUCAAAAUUCAAUGUUUAAGACGCCAGUAGACUGUUUUUUCCCGAUUUUUUAGGGACUCAAAACAUGGUUCGAGUUAUCGAGGGUAAAAUUAUAUAGAAAUGAUCAGAGGGGAAACAAAAACUUCUUCGAGUUAGCGCGAGGUUUGAGUUAACGAGGGCUCGAGUUAUCAGGCGUCAACUGUAUUUGUAGGUAGCAAAAUAACAGGGAAAGCAUUUAAGCUUUUAAAAGAGAGACCUAAGCUGCUUUGUGGAUGGCUAGAAGGAUCAGAUAAGGCAACUCUAAGGUACCCUAUGCCAUUCUGGUUAUUAGCUGAUCUCCACCGUUUUUUCUUUUUUUCUUUUUUUUUUCCAUUGUAUUUAUCAAUAUACCCAUAUUCAUUAUCAUGAUCCUCUUCAUAAUUACUAUUACUAUUAUUGUUAUUACUAUCAUUAUUAUUUAGCUGUGUUUUUAUUCAUUUGCCGUUGUUUGGCUUUUUACUGAUGCUCAAGUGUUUUUCUUUUCGUUGUUCAUUUGUUUGUCUUUCUUUUCUUUUAUUUAUGAUUUAUCAGUGGGACCAAAACAUGGAAUACUCUUUCAAAAAACAAGUUGCAGCAGCAGCGACGGAAUAUUGUGCGCGUGCUCAAGUCCAGUGUUACCCAAACCAGUCAAGGUGGAUGUUUUUGUUUCUUUAUGUUUGUAAGGCACGAAUGAACUCUGAAAAAACUUAUUAGAAAACAAUCGAAUUUUGAAUAAUUCGAUGUUUAACAGAUUUAAUUUAAGGCACCCACAUAACGCUUUGGGGUGUGAAGUGAUCGUUAUUCUUACUGCAUACUAUAUUCUGUACGUGCACACAUUUAGCUUGUUAGGGGGGCAAGCGUUCACUUCUUUAAAUCCCUUGUGGCGGGCCUUAGCGUUAGAGUGUAUGAUGUAGCCCUCCCUCAAUUUUUUUUAUUUUAUUUUUUUUUUUGUUAAUACGGUUUCAAUCGCCUGGGAACCUACUCCACGGGAAAAAAUUGAAUAGUCGCUGUCCUUUGAUACUGGUAGUGAAAUAAAUUUGUAACGAUUGAAUUACCAGAUAAGAUGGAGAUGUCCAUGCUUCCAUCUCCAUCGACUAUUUUCCCCGCGUUCGACGUUGUUGAAAUUUGGCUGUUAUAUUUUCUGACGCUUGAGUAUCAGUUUUUUUGUUUUGUUUUGUUUCUUCUCAAACCUAAAAUAUACAAAGCUGAUCAAGUUUAAAAAGUCGUUUUUGGAACUUCAUCAUCAUCAUCAUCAUUAUCAUCAUUAUUUUGGCCAAUUUGUUACUUUUUAUUUUUCAAUGAUCUUACCUUUAUAUGUUUUGUUUUUAUUUUCUUAUUAGUUACAUAUAUUAUUUCUUUAUUUUUUUUAGACAAAGGCGUUCUUCUGAAAACGUGACAUUUACGGCUGACAUGGUUCACAUUCUUCCUGGUUAUCCCAAACAGUCAGACGAUUCUCCCGGUGUAGUCUUACUGGCUUUCUACCUGAGUCUUCCACAAGGAACUUCGGAAAGCAGUGUCGUCUCUGAGAGUAUAUUACAUGAUAUCGUGAUGGGUCAUAAAGACAACAUUCAAACAUCUAUUGGAGGUGAAAUCUCAAGUGUCGAUCCUUUUCCAUCUGCCACAGAGGUACUGAAAAACGAGGAAAGCGACGAGGGAAACGGCGGAAAGUCAAAACCAACCAACGUUAUUAUUGGCGCUUCGGUGGGCGGUGGAUUGCUGUUAAUCAUUAUUGCCGCCGUUCUGAUCGGAUGCAAAAAGAGUGACAGGUAUUUCUAG